AUCAGCGUGUCCUUCUCCCUCUCACUUCAACAGCGCUGAUCCAUGCUCUGCUUCAGCGAAUGACAGAUCCAUCCGCUUGACAUCGUCCGCAUCGUCACAUGGUACAUCGUUAUCCACCUCUUUGCUGCUGCCUUCCGCCCUAGCACCACCCACCUCACGCAUCCCUCAGUGACUGCAUGCAACCGAGUGGAACUCCAUCCCAGAGACGAUGACGAACCCAUGACUAGCCGAUGACCCUAAACACUUCCCUCGGGAUCAGCAUUCACGCCCGACUUCUGUGUCCUCCGUUUCCCCAAGCAGCAAAUCGCCAGCAUCCCUGGCAGGACGCGUUGGAGAGCGGUCAGGAUGCCACCCGUUCCUUUGACCAGCGUCAGGCUGCCUCCGCCCGUCCGAGCGCAAAUUCAGGCGGAGGAGAAGCAUGCGAAUGAGAGCGCUCAAGGGGCCAAAAAGCAAGGGCCAGCAAGGGCUAGUGGCGAGGAGAGAGAUGCUGCUGUGGAACCUCAAGAAAAGAGCAUCAAACAAAAAUCAUUGUGUCAACAGAUGGGCGCUCUCUUCCUUCAGCAUCGUGUGCGUCAGCUAGAAGGACAGGUGGACGAUUUGGAGUACAGUCGAAGCGCUUCAUCUUCGGCCCCGGCCACAGCUCGCUCGCUCGGCAGAGAGGCAAACACGCGGCCAGGUGAAGGACGUCACAGCUCUACGGCCAGCAAAGAGCCUCUGCGCAGCAGUCGCGGCGAUUCGUCCGCGACUCAACCUCAAAGUGCGCUUUUUGAUCAUUCACGUCGCGCGAGUGUCAAGACGUACAUUUUGGACGCAAGCGUGCUCAUCUACUCGCUCAGGAGCGUACACGAUUGGCUCAAGACGUCCGACGUGCGCUGCAUUGUGCCGACAGAAGUCGUUUCCACUCUGGACAUCUUGAAGAAAGGCCAACACCCCCUGAAUGCAGCCGCGCGCAAGGCCACCCGCUUUCUCGAAGACAGGUUCGCUUCACCAGCGCCUGACGGGUCAAUGCCUAGCGCGGGCUUGGUACCGCAAGCCACAGCACCGCCUUCCAUCACUUUGGACGAAGCAGAACUGCUGCGCGAAGCAUGUGCGGAGGCCGAUAAGCAAGCGUCACCUCUCCAGCGCACGGGAAACCACGUCAAAUCCGAUACGCUGGUACCCAACCUCACCCAGAGCGGAGCAACUCGCAGAUCCUUUGACUCUAGCAAGAGCAAGGGCAGCUCGACGGGGAGUCCUACUGUCCGCUCUCCAACAUUUGACUCUUCAGGAGGUCCAGCUGCCAAACGUCGGAGUCGAGGCCAAAAUCGAUCGCCUCGCUUUGAUCCCAUGCAGCUCACGGCUGGGUCUACAUUGUCUUUGUUCGAUGCACCAGUGUGGAUACGCGCGACCCUCUUAUGCGCUUUGAGCUUCUUGCCUGGAGACGCUCAGUUGACUGUGGCGCUACCUCCACCUUCGCUCGCUGCAGUCACAACUUCACCUCAGGACAGCGCCGCAGCCAACAGUGAGCUGCCAAAGCAUGUCGAAAGAGCAGAUGGAGGUAUCACGCAAGCGUACGCCAAAGCACACGGACUGGAUACGCACAUCUGCUCCACCUCUGCCAGCUGGCUCCAGCUGGAGCCCGGAGCCAUGCGAAAUCCGCUGGCCGUCGAAAUUGCGGCCGAGGGGGGUGAUCAGGUCUCAGCGCCGGACUCGGACCAGACCCUUCACCCUGCCGACGACUUUGCUGCACCUGCUUUGGGACUCGACUUGGGCAGCGCUCCUAAUUUCAGCAAGGGAGG